UAUGAAAAGAUUAAUUGUUAAUUAAACAAGAAGCAAAACAGUUGCUGCUCGUCCAUCAGCAAAUCUUGAUCGUAUCAAUAAAUGGUUGUAAACAUUGACUGCUAAAGCUAAUACAUUAGAAAGCAGAUUUUAUGCAUCAUAAUUGAGUUCAUUGUUUAAUUUCUAUUCAAAACCUUCUAUGGGUGCUGCUCAAGUAUUGCUUGUGUUUCGAUGAAUAGGAAAUUGAUUGGAAUUAUUGGAAAGAUUAGAUCACAACUGAAGGAUUAGUUGAUAAAGUUUAAAAAGGACAUGACACUUUAUUAAAUAAGGAAUAUGAUGUUGAGCGUAUCUGUCAUCAAGUUGUGUCUAGUUAAAGCAAAGAAUUAGAAGAUUUAGAAAAUGAACUUACAUUCCAUAGUGCUGUUUGGAGUAAUUAUUAUUUGGAUCAACACUUGGCUUUAUUAGAUUUAGAAUAAUAUGGAGAUAGAAAUGAUUAUGUCAGUAUUAUAUUUAAUUUAAAUCAUUAGUUCAUGAGGAUUAUGAUUUCUAUCCAGGUUUAGAAGCAGAUUUAGAAGAAUUAACAGAAACUCAUAAUUGGAUUCCAGGAUCAAAAGAUGAUAUCAAUUUAAAGGGUUACAUGGUCUCAUAAUUCUAAUGGGGCAAAAAAAUCAUCUCCUUCUAUAGACAUCCAUGUGAUGACUUCAAGGCUGCAAGAGGUACCAAGAAUAUUUUGGGUAGAUGAGUUUU